AUGCUUGAUGAUUCUGAUAUAGAAGAAAGUGAAAGCAAUGCUUCGCACGGCAAGAAUGACCACAAAGAAGCUGACAGCAAGUUCGUUCAUAGAAGCGAUCUCAAUGUAACAUCAGACGCGAUCCACCCCAGAGUUGUGGUUUACAACCGUGUUCCCAAAUGUGGAAGUCAAACGAUGUCAAUGCUCGUAAAUCAGCUCUCACGUAAAAAUGGAUUUCUUUCAAAAGCAGUCUUCGAAGCUGGUGAAACGCCGGACAGAACAAUAUCACAGCAAAAGUCAUUUAUGAAUGAAUUAAAGAAUUAUGCUAAGGAUCAGCCAGUCAUGUACACUAGACACCAGUAUUUCAUCGACUUCGACCAGUUUGAAUGGGCAGAACCAGUCUAUAUAAAUCUCAUUCGAGAUCCUGUGGAUAGAUUCGCUAGCUUCUAUUAUUUCUCGCGAUUUGGAAACAAACGAGCGCAAGAUGCUGGAAGAUCUAAGCAACAAGUUCCGUCCAACAUUCUCAACGAAAGCAUCGACGACUGCAUUACGGGGAGACGAAGGGAAUGUACAGAACCCAUCUGGCACACAGUACCAUAUAUUUGUGGAAACGAUAGAAGCUGUCUUCAGCGACACGAGUCCUCCGUCCAGCAGGCCAAACAAAAUAUUGACUCAAAAUACGUGGUUGUCGGGAUUUUAGAAGAGCUGAAAGGUUCUCUAGGUGUAUUCGAAAAAGUUUUGCCGGAUUUUUUCGCUGGCGCAGUGAAUCACCUCUCGCAAAUUCGGAACGACACUUAUACCGUCAACAAAAAACAAAUGACUGACGCUGCAAGGGAGUAUCUUGCGAAUGAAACUGCCUUAAAACUAGAAUAUGAUCUUUACAACCACGCAAGAGCGCGACUGUAUGAGCAAAUGCGACGGCUAAACAUCUCCCCGAGCUCAUGA